AUGGAUUCAUCGCAGAACCUCAAACCCCUCCGGGACAGGGUUCAUUCCACUCUCGUCACGGUAACACGCUCGGUGAACACGCUCGCGAACGAGGACCUCCAGUUUCAGCGGACUGUCCACCCCUCAGUCGCGGCUCGCCUCGACCAGAACACGGAUCGCUUGCUCGAACUGGCCCGUGGCGUUUUGAAAUCCGCCUCCAAGUUCACCGCGCAGAGGGAACCCCAACUGGAAGAUGUGGACGAUGUUGAGAUCCAGUGGAAGGGCGUGCUAGAUGUGAUUGACUCGCUCUUGGAGAAGUCCGACACCUGCCUGGACGAGUACACCGGCCUGGUCAAGAGGAAAGAUGCGCCGACCCCCGAAUCUGGACGGGAUACUAAGCGGCCAAAGUCAACCACUGACAGGCUCGACUGGUCGAUGAAGCGCGCCAACAUCCUAAAGCCCCAGAAUACGUUCGAGAAGAAGAUAGACAACUUCGAGUCGGGACCAUGGAAACCUCUCCUCACAAGCAAGCCCCAUGCCCAGACCCCACUGGACGCAAGUUUGACAAUCUCCGUUAACGACGAAGGCCGUCCUCAAUAUGAGCAUCCCUACAAACAGGAAAUCAUAGAUAUGCAAUAUCCAGAUCACGUCUUCAAGUCCCGCGAGCCCAUCGGAUACCCCCCCUUGGAGAAAACAACGGCAAUUUGGGUAGACACCUACGAGGGUGUUUUGGAGAUGCUGGAGGAGCUGAAGAAGGCACCCGAGAUUGCGAUCGAUUUGGAACACCACGACUUUAGGUCAUACACGGGACUUUUGUCGUUGAUGCAGAUCAGCACGAGGGAAAAGGAUUGGAUAAUCGACACUCUGGUACCUUGGAGACACAAGCUCGAAGUUCUUAAUGAAGUCUUUGCGGACCCGAAGAUUGUCAAGGUUCUCCACGGCGCAUUCAUGGACAUUAUCUGGCUUCAACGGGACCUCGGUCUCUAUGUUGUGGGGUUAUUCGAUACUUUCUACGCUAGCACCGCCCUCCAGUAUGCGGGCAAAAGUCUGGCAUUUCUACUUAAGAAAUUUGUCGACUUCGACGCGGACAAGAAGUAUCAGCUCGCGGAUUGGCGGUUAAGACCUCUCCCGGAGGAGAUGUUUUACUACGCUCGAUCCGAUACCCAUUUCUUACUCUACAUCUACGACAUGCUGCGGAACGAGCUCGCCCAACUUGCCACCCAAAACGGCUCAGAUGGACACCCCACCGACCGUGUCAUUCAAAAGUCUAAGGAAGUGGCUUUACAGCGGUACGAGAACUCCUUCUGCGACCCGGAAACAGGCGCUGGCAACCGGGGUUGGCAUGCCACCUUGACCAAAUCGUCCACGUUAUACGACAGCGAGCAGUUUGCCGUCUACAAAGCGGUGCACAAGUGGCGGGAUGAUAUUGCCCGCCAAGAGGACGAAAGCCCCUUUUUCAUAAUGACACAACAAGUCCUCAGUAACAUAGCUCGCAUCAUGCCCACGGACAUGAAGGCUCUAUGGAGCUUGCUGGAGUCGAAUACCGGAGCGCUCAAGUCUCGUCUUGGCGAACUGUUCAAGAUCAUCACCGAAGCCAAGGCGCAGGGUGCGAAUGGCCCCACGAUGCUGCAAUUCUUCAGGCAAUCAUCGUCUGAUAGAGUACAAGCCUCGCUCGGGGACCAGCCCGCGGCAGCCACCGCAAUACAGGAUACCGAGCCGCUCGAGAUCGAGGAACUGAAGAGCGACCGUUCCCAAUUAUGGGGGAAUGUGGCACUCAACUCGGUAUUGGACGGAACUUCCAAGGCACGCCCAGUUGACAAGCAGGAGAUGAUCCCACUCUACACGGUCCCCUUCGACGAAAACCCACCAACCGUCACAGCGCCGCCACCCAAACGCGCCGCCAAGCAAGACGCCGAGCCCGCCCCCGUUCCCGAAGAGGGGGACUUCACCCUCAAAAAGGGACGGAAACGCAAAGCUUCCGACGCUGACACGGCAGUGGCGCCACCACCCAAAUCCGAGUCCGCCUCCGCCUCUGCCUCCGACGCAGAGACGAGCAACGACAGCCCCGCGGCAGCAGCGGACGAGUCCGAAAACCCCGACGCCGAGGCCCAGGGAGAGGAGCCCAACAGCAAAACCACAACCCUGCCCACCCGACGCCAAAACCGCCGCGCAGCAGCAAAGCAAGCCAAAGCCGCCCAAGCCGGGAAGAAGAAGACACCCUCAGAAGGCGCCAACACCGAAGCCGAAGCCGAACCGCAGCCGGAGUCGGAGCAGGACGACGACGAGCAGCCGUUCGACUACAGCGCGGCGUCGUCGGUGCUGCGCGCGCCGAGGGUGGCCCACGCCAACGGCAACGGUGACGGCGACGGCAGCAGCGGGAGGGGUGGUGGCAGGCGCGGCAAGGUGCCGUACGAUCCGUACGCGAAGAAAUCGGGGGAUGCGCCGCAGGGGGCGAGGAAGAUGAAUUAUGAGAGGGCGGGGCGGACGGCGACGUUUAAGAAGUGA